AUGCGGGCAGGCAUCGCUGCAUUCUUGUACCGCAACACUGGCGAAAUACUCUGUCAUUGGCGUCCGAGCUACUGCGUCCUCGUCACCGUUGGUCAAACCUGGACAUACGCAAGAUCCCCGCGAAAGACUAUGGCGGUCUUCUUCAAAGGCCACGCACACUACGAUGAAGACAGAAUCCUCAACCUCAUUUGGUUUGGCCUCGUCGGCCUUCAAGUGACGAUUGUGCUGAGUGUUGCUGCUCGAGCCGCUCGCCAUUACUUCCAAAGGAGGCUACGGAAGCAGGUGUUGCCGUGA